AUGACCCCCAUCCUGGCCGGCAAGGACUCAAUCUUCGAUAAAUCUGCCUGGCUUGCAUUGACUGCGCCGAAAAUCUUCAACCCAGAGUACCCCGAUGCCGAACGCGUCGAGGAAUACCUGUCGAGAUUCCUGGUCCGUCUUCCACGAUUAGUCCGCCUCGUUCGCACGGCAAAGCAAACCCCGAAUGACGAGAUGGCAUGUGUAGAGGCGGUCUCGCUGGCCACACAUCUCUACCUCGACACACUAGAGGAUUGGAUCCAGCGUGUCACGAUGAUGGACCUGCUGAGGACUGUCCCGACCACUGAGCCAUCCUGCGUGGCAUUUACGGCGAGGUCAUUGGAGUUUGCCUCAGCGCGGAUCUUCAAGCGGAUCGUGCUCUACUGGCGCCUGCGCUGUCUCGUGAGUGGCUGUAUCCUCACUCUGCUCCAAGUCAGACGGCACAUGCCCGCUUCCGCUGCCGCCUUACUCGACAACGUCGACGCGACCAGCGUGCAGAGCCACGAGGAGCGCGCUGCGGAAUGUAUCGUCAUGAGUGUCCAGUGGGCCAUCAUCUCGCCCUCGCCGUUCCCCGUCUAUAAGCUGCUGGUAGUCUCGCCGCUGAUGAACGCGUUUGGCGUGUGGAUGCGCUCGGCGCGCCGAGCAAGCAGCGUCGCCGAUGCACAAAGAGCAAAGAACCUACAGCUCUGGGCCGUCGAUCAGAUCGCGGCGAUUGGGAGGACCAUCAAUGCGCAAGAGGUGGGUAUGGCCCAGCUAGAGGCCAUGAACACGAUCUUGAUGGGCGGACCAUUACCAGGUUCUUGA